UUCAUCUAUGGAAUCGAGGUCAAAACACAAAUACAGGAUGUCCUGGCUGUGCAUUCGGGGCUCUCUGUUGCACCACAGCAGGUGCGCGAUACCGAUGGGCGCCUGAAGGUAGUGUUGGCGUUGACUGGAACUCUGGAUGUGGAUUACAGAGGUUCUACGUAUAAUAUUCCCGUAGCAGUGCACCUGCGCGACACCUUCCCAUACACGCGUCCUCGAGUGGCUGUAGUACCCACCGACGACAUGCUCAUCAAACCAGGCACGCACAUCAAAGGCUCUGGGGAGGUUACACAUGCGUAUCUGGACCAAUGGUCUCAACAGGUGUGA